GGUUGCGAGAUGGUACGUGCAGGUUGACGGGGUGAAGAAACACGCUAAAGUGAGCUGGCGCAUGUGAAGUGUGUGUGUGUGAAACACUUUUCAUAGUUUUUAAACCACAAUCGAUCUGUUGGGAAACUGGAUUAUGGCCAUGCAGGACAGUCCAGGCUUGAAGUCCACUUCACCCUCAGUUGUGUGCCAGGAGGGGGAGGGAGAGGAGGAGGGGGAGCAGGAGGAGUCUUUGCUGUCUCCUGGUGAAAACAGCACGUCAGAUGAGGAGUGGCACCCGCGUACAGACAGAGCACGGGCAGGCAUAUCAAGGAGAGAGAAGAGGAAGUGUCUGAAACCAAACAAAAACCUUUCCAGGCGUCAAGUAUUGGUCCACAGUGAGGUCGAGCAGGAGGACCCCAGCAAUUCAGAUGAUGGCUUUUACUGUGAGGAGUGCCAGUCCUUCUACAGGGAGCAGUGUGGGAGCCACGGCCCUCCCUCCUUCACCCCCGACUCUCCCACUCCGCUGGGGGUUCCCCAGAGAGCCCUCCUCACUCUCCCUCAAGGCUUGGUGAUUGGCCGUUCCAGUAUUCCUGGUGCAGGCCUGGGGGUGUUUAACCAGGGCCAGGUAGUACCUGUUGGAAUGCACUUUGGACCCUAUGAGGGAGAGGUGACCAGCAGAGAGAAAGCCAAUGAGAGUGGCUACUCAUGGGUGAUCUGCAAGAAGGAGAACAAGUAUGAGUAUAUCGAUGCAGUGCGGGACACUCACUCCAACUGGAUGAGGUAUGUGAACUGUGCUCGCAAUGAAAAGGAACAGAAUCUGGUGGCAUACCAACACAGGGGGAGUGUCCUGUAUUGCUGUCUCCGCCCUAUCGCCCCAGGACAGGAGCUGCUGGUGUGGUAUGCUGAAGAGUAUGCCAAGGACCUGGGAGUCACCUGGGACUGCCUGUGGGACAAAAAGUGUAGCCCUGCAGAGAAGGCUACAGAAGGAACCACGGAGGUCUUCUCCUGUACUCAAUGCCAGUUCUCCUUCACUGCGGAAUUCUAUCUCCACAGACACAUCAAGCGGUCUCACCCUGAGGAGUACCUGAAGCUGCUGAAGUCUGGGUCAGUCAGACCUGUCAGCAUGUUUCCUGUCAGUGGCCGGGACCAGAGUCCCCCUCCCUCUAACGAGCUUCCCGCCCAAGCUCAUCCCUGCUCAGCCACUUGCAGAGCACUCUUAGGUUCUCAGAACGGGAAGCGCUGCAUCCAGUUAGAAACGCCAGCAAAAUUACCAAACAAGCAAAUUCACAGUGACGAGAGUCCACACUGCUGCGCUCAGUGUGGGGUGAGCUUUGACGACUCGGAAAGCCUUGAGGCUCACCAGUGUGCUGAAACUGGGGACAAGCCGUACUGCUGCUCUCAGUGUAAGAAGAGUUUCACCCGGUCAUGUCACCUCAAAAGACACGAGCGAACGAUCCACACGAAGGAGAGGCCGUACUGCUGCAGCCAGUGCGGGAAGUGUUUCAGCCAGUCCGCGGGCCUGAAGAGGCACCAGCAGGUCCACGCCGACGGGAGACAGCACCACCUGAGUGCGGAGGUGUCCUCCCGGGUCUUCUCGUGCUCUCACUGCCUCUUCUCCUUCACUUCCGAACUCCUCCUCCACAAACACUUUAAGCGGCAUCACCCAGAGGAGCACGUCAAGCAGCUCGAGUCUCAGUCAUUAAGACCAGAGAGUCCGCCUCCUGGACACACCCAGGACCACCCGUCCCCGAAUGCCCCCCCCACCCCAACUCAGACUGCAUUGGGCACUCCCACAGCGCACAGAAACUCAAGAAAGGGGAAAAUCUUCCGGCGUCUGGGAACUUCGGUAUCAAAACGCCAGCAAAUGCAUGCGGUAGAGAGACUGUUUAGGUGCACCCAGUGUGGGAAGGGUUGCAAAGAUGCAGAGAGCCUUAAAGCCCAUCAGUGCUCCGAAACGGGGGAGGGACCCUACUUCUGCAGCCAGUGCGACAAGAGCUUCACCCGCUCGUGCAAUCUCAGGAGGCACGAGCGAACGAUCCACACAAAAGAGAAGCCGUACUGCUGCAGCCAGUGCGGGAAGUUUUUCAGCCAGUCCGCGGGACUGAAGAGGCACCAGCAGAUCCACGCAGGCGGGAGACAUGGUCGCAGCAUGGAGGUGUCCUCCGAAGUCUUCUCGUGCGCUCACUGCUCCUUCUCCUUCACUGCGGAGCGCUACCUCCACAAGCACAUGAAACGGUACCAUCCUGUAGAGCACCUCAGACUGCGCGGCUCUGGGCUGGUUCAAGCGGCCGAGGCUGGGGACGGCCCACACUGCUGCUCCCAGUGCGGGAAGAGCUUCACCUGCCUGAAGAGCCUCAAGGCUCACCACUGCAUGCGGUCGGGGGAAAAGCUGUACCUGUGCACCGACUGCGGGAAGAGCUUCACGUGGUUCUACAGCCUCAGGCAGCACCAGCGCAUCCACACCGGGGAGAAGCCUUUCAGCUGCACCCAGUGCGGCAAGUGUUUUGUGCACUCGGGACAGCUGAACGUGCACAUGCGAACUCACACCGGAGAGAAGCCGUUCCUCUGCACCGAGUGCGGGGAGAGCUUCCGCCAGUCGGGGGAUCUGAAGCGGCACGAGCGGAAACACACGGGAGUGAGACCGUGCCACUGCCUCGUGUGCGGGAAGAGCUUCAGCCGCCCUCAAAGCCUUAAAGCGCACCAGCAGCUCCACACAGGGGAGAAGCUGUACCGCUGCACUCAGUGUGGGAAGAGUUUCGCCCGAAGUUGGCACCUGAGAAGACACCAUCAGAAAAUGCACUCCUAAUGAGCUGAACUCUGCCAAGGGGAAAAUGCAUUCACAGAACGUGCACAGGGUUCAUUCUGAUUUGUCCUUACACGCCUUUUUUUGGUAUAAUCUCACAUCCGUAUUUGGUCGGAAAUGUUCAUGCCUACAAGCAUAAUAUGGACAACACAUCCAAAGUUCCUUGGGUCAGAAUAUAGGUCUUCUACAAAGAAUAGGUAGCAAUAUGCUGUUAAUAAACCAUUUCUUGCAGAAGAUACUCUCCAUGAACUACUUAAUGGAGCUGGAAAAGUGUGAAUUA